AUGGCUGUAGGAAGAAAUAACACAGUUGUGACGAAAUUCAUCCUGCUGGGACUUUCGGAUCAGCCUCAGAUGAAGAUUCUCCUUUUUGUGCUCUUUCUGGGCAUCUACCUCCUGACGGUGGCCUGGAACCUGAGCCUCAUCACCCUCAUUAGGGUGGAUUCCCACUUGCAGACACCCAUGUACUUCUUCCUCAGCAACCUCUCCUUCCUAGACAUUUGCUACGUGUCCUCCACAGCUCCCAAGCUGCUCUCUGACAUCAGCACGGGGCAGAAAGCCAUUUCCUUUAUUGGCUGUGCCACCCAGUAUUUCGUCUUCUGUGGCAUGGGGCUGACGGAAUGUUUCCUCCUGGCCGCCAUGGCCUAUGACCGCUAUGCUGCCGUCUGUAACCCGUUGCUCUACACCACCCUUGUCUCCCAUACACUUUGUUUAAAGAUGGUGGCCGGUGCCUAUGGGGGCGGAUUCCUUAGCUCUUUUAUUGAAACCUACUCUAUCUAUCACCAUGAUUUCUGUGGACCCAACAGGAUCAACCACUUCUUCUGUGACCUCCCUCCAGUCCUGGUUCUCUCAUGCUCUGAUACCUUCAUCAGCCAGGUGGUGAACUACAUCAUAGGCGUCAUCGUCGGAGUCUUGUCUGUGCUUGUGAUCCUCAUUUCCUAUGCUUACAUUAUUUCUGCAGUCCUGAAGAUCAGCUCAGUGAAAGGCAGGAGCAAGGCCUUCAGCACCUGUGCCUCUCACCUGACUGCCGUGACCCUCUUCUAUGGCUCUGGCUUCUUCAUCUAUAUGCGCCCGAGUUCCAGCUACUCGCUAAACUGGGACAAGGUGGUGUCCAUCUUCUAUUCUUUGGUGAUCCCUAUGCUGAAUCCCAUCAUCUACAGUCUUAGGAACAAGGAGAUUAAAAAUGCCAUGAGGAAAGCUGUGGACAAGGCUCAGGUUCUUUUUCACGGGCAUUCAGUUUUCUGUCAAUGAGCUAAGUCAAUGGUGAACAUUUUCCUGUUGUUUUGGACUUGGUGACCUACACAGUGAUUUGUGUUGAACCCUCUUUCUCCUUCCUCCCCUCCUAGAUUCCCCUAAUCAAUGAACGUACUGACUAGUGGAAAACAGCUUGAUCAUCAUUGAUUUCUGAAAUGAGUAAUGUUGUAGAGAUGGGGAUCUUAAGUGCUCAGUGUAGCAGAAAUCUUCACCGCAAUAAAGACUGAACCACUUGGGACAUCGAAAUAGAAUUUGAAUCUAUGGGAGCAAAACAUUGGGAACAUGUUUAUUCCAGUGUUCAGCGUGGUGAUGCCUCAGGUAGGGCACGCAUGAGAGCAUAAUAGCCCAGGAAAAGGUGUUUUUCUUUUUCUAAACAGAGCUGGUUUCUCCUAAGUUUCCCAAAUGCUGCCCUUUGCUGUAGACACCCCCUCCAAUGUGAGAUUCAUGGCCAUAUUGAUUACAGAGGUAGACCGGGACUAUUUAAAUAUAUUAAGGCAGGAAAAAGAUGGAAAACUUCUGGUUAGGGCCUCACUGACUGAACAAAUGGGACAACCCCAUUCACUCAGCUAUAAAAAGUGGUCAGUGAAAUAGUGGAGUCAUUAUUUCAACCCCAAAUAGCAAUUUUCUAAUCUUAUGUUCAAAGGUCUUUUGGAAGCUAUAAAGGGGAGUACCACCUUCCUUUGGAGAGUUUCUCAGUUUUCACCUCUUUUAUGUCAUUAACCUCUAGAAGAGAAUUUAGCCAAGGAAUAAGAGGGUGGUUUUCCCGGGCCCUCCUGGUGACAAAACAGGUUAAAGCACAGCACUAUGAAGCUGG